GUUCGCAGGCAAUACAACAAAUGCGACGGUCACGUGUUCUUCACAGACACAGAGAGUCCGGCUGGACAGGGCGAGGAUGACUUCGUCCGAGUUCCCGUUCCGAGACAGGAGUUGAAUCGAAGCCACGAAAAGUGGCUCUACCACCGAAAUAUGGUGGGUCUUAUGCCUGCCUGGAGCCACCUCCUUUCAUCUGGGAUGGCGGAGAAGUAUGACUGGCUGAUCAACUCCGAGUUGGACCACUUCCUUUCCCCGUCCCGAGCCAAGGAGAACAUCCUCGAGUAUUUGAGGGUGAUGGAGGAAGGCUCGGAGGACAGCUCGGGUGUGGAGGGGCCUAUUAUGCUCAUGUGGGGCAAUGCUUUCGUCUUCAACAGGAAAUACGUCCAGGUGCUGAAGGCUAACUGGGCCAACCUCGGCCGCGUCGCGGACGCGGUCGAGGAGGGGGGGCGUGCCGUCGGGUGCCCCAUGUUCAUGAAGGGCCUCAUGGAGUGGCCCGAGCACUGCUCCCAGGACAUGAUCUAUCCGGCCCUGGCUGAGCAUGUCUUGCCUCCCCUGCAGCAGAAGGUGGCCUUUCCCGGGGCUUCUGGCUGCGGCCAGCUUGCGAAGAAUCGACAUGGGCAGGCCUUUCCGCUGGGCUGUUGGGAGAUGCAGCAGAACCCGAUCAACGGGCAGCACGAGGAAGGAGAGCUAACCGCACUUCAGGAGCUGGCUGCUAUCGGCAGGCUGCAGGACAGCGAAGCGGCUGGCGCCUACUGCCGCCGGUCUCCGAUCGAAGCCGUGCAGAAGAACUGCCUGAAGUUCUGGGAUGGGAGGAACGUUCCUGUCAUCCACCACCUCCAUACUGCGAGGGAGCACUUCCUUGCCCGAACGCUGCUGGACAACGACCCUGGAGUGCGUGCUGAGGGGCAUUGCACGGAUCCUGACUUCGUGCCGUACACCCAAAAUGCUGGUCGAGGUGAUGAUUCUGCCGGCGAUGAGACACAGCCUCAGGAGCAGGCUGGAAAGGACCAGGAGCGGCCGGCUGUGCCGAUCGCACCGACGCCCAGUGGUCAGAAGGAGACGCGUGCGGAGCACAUACUCUCCGAGAAGCAUGGGCUGGGCCAUGAGGAGCUACCCGAAGUUCAGAGGGCCCUGGCCGAGAAGUACGGAGAAACCGAUCCGGCAAAGAUCUGCGACCGUGUGGGCAAGGACUUUUUCUGCACAGAAGUGGUGCUGCCUGGCAACAACAAGCGUGUGCACGUGGAGGUGAUCCGGGAGGGCAUCUUCAAUGCUUGGGGCCCGACGCAGCCUUGCAAAAAGGAGAACUGCAAAGUCGAUGGUGAAACAUACGCGAAGUACAACGAGAAAUCGAAUCGCCAACACGUGCUUGAGGGCCCUCACAAGGGCAAGUUCGCUAAAGGCACGAAGGCGCCGCCAGUCGGGCUCGUUACAGGCAACAAGAAGCGCUCGGAGUGGAAGAAUCCGAAGACAGGCUCGCCACGCGAGAAUCCUCUUCAAGAAGAGCAAACAGAAGCUGCUCAGAUCAAAAAGGGAGGCAUCGUCGAAGGAGGUGGCACUUUGACUACCACGAACCAGCAGGGAGAGCACGUAGAGGUCAAGACCAACUGUCGUUCAGAUGGGAUGGAGGAGAUCGACUACACAGCAGAGAAGAAGACCAAGGAUGGCACAAAGACGACCAAGUACAAGAAUGCUAGCCCUGUGGAUGCACCCAUCGGCCACUCCGAAUUCUAUGAAACAGUGACGUCCAACAAGGGCGAGCUCUUUCAGAUCCGGCAGUCAGGCCGUGGGGAGUUGGACAAGAAGACGCUGGAAACUCGAAUGGUGGAGUGUGAGAAAACGAGCUAUGAGCUGCGGGACGAGGUAAAAGUGGCUAUCGGCCAGGGUGUGGAGGUCGAGAGACGGGGUCCUUUUUCUGGUGAUAUCCUGCGCACGGCAAAGGAAAUUAGCGAAGGAGAAGCCCUCUCGAAUGGUGUCUUUGCCUCGGUGGAGUUUGCCGAUUGCACCAAUCGCCCCACAACAGUCGGGGGCGCUAAAGCGUGCGAUGGGGUGGGAGCUCUUGUAGCCAGAAAGGAAAACGAGCAGCGGCUGUACAUUUCUGAGCAGCAAGAGAACGAAGCCAUCUUGUCUGGCCUGGGCCGAGCAUCUGCGCAAGGUGCAGCACAAGUCGGGGCCUUGAUUGCGAAGGAAAAGAUUGAGCGGGCCAGUGACGGUCUACCACAGGCUCCCUUGCACGUCGCUUCUGCAGCAAUCGCCGCCGGUAGUGUGGCGAUGCUUGGGGGCGGCGAGGGGAAGCUGGACCGGGCGGCUGCUUCCGCAACGGCAUCCUUGGCGCUGUCAGCAUCGCAAGAGGUCGUUUCGGGCGUCCUCGGCCCCGGGCGUGUGGCCAGCGUGGCUGGCUCUGCCUUGGGAGCCUUUGCCGCUUCCAGCGGUUCGUGCCAGGAGCGUCUCGCGAAAGCAGCACAGGCCACAGGAAAAGGGGCAGUCGUGCAGGCUGCCGGAAGCGUGCUGGCAGGCGCCGGAGUGCCGCUUUGCCCCACGAAGGUCAUCAACGAAGAAGGGAGGAAAGGCAUGGAAUUUGCGGGUGGCAGCAUGGUGUCAUUUGGCCAGCGAGAUCGCUAUGGUUCCGGGCAGCUGGCAGACACGACCGUCACCCGCAGCUCUCACGAGGAGGGUGUUCAGGUCAGGGCAGGCUUGGGCACAGCGCUUGUGGCAUCUGGCAACCCGAGCGCUUUGCUUUCGGGACUGGGCAGCGCGGUGGGCAUCUCGGGCAACAUUGGAGUCACGGAGCGCGCCCACCUGGUGCAGCGACCCGAUGGCAGCUACUCGCAGCAUAUGGAGGCAGUCCAUGGCUUCGCUGGUGGUGUGGAUGUCGUGGGAGUGGAGAAGCUGAACCUGGACACUGGCCACGCGACAGUCAGUAGCAAGGAACAUGAGAAGGCUGCUCUUUGUGGCAGUCGCACAACACAGACGGAGGAACUCCGCGUCUUGGGCCAGAAAGUGGCGUCGCAAGAGCUGAGCUUCAAGCAUGCGCAAGAGAACUUACUCGGUUCUAAAGAGGUGAUGCUCGACUGCACAACCGGGGAGGUGGUGGAGAGAGCCGACGGACUGCUCCUCAGCACCACCCAGGAAGGCUUAGGAACUGUGGAUCGGUCCUCUGGGAAGGCCCACUUUGAUGGAGAUGUUUCUUGGAGCAUUGGUGUCCGACAGGAGGUCAAAGAUGCAGCUGGCAGGGGUAUCGAGGUGGGAGGGCUUGAGAUGCGGCGUGCCAACGAAGAGCGGAUCUUCUGCUGCGAUGAAGACGCCGCUCAAGCACUGAAGGGCGCUGGUGCGCAGGUUCUUCAACAGGGUGCUGUCGGUGUGGUCGGCUUGAUUGCUGGCGAGGUGGUCGGGAAGGUCGCAGGUAGCAAGGCUGCCGGAGCAGUGCUUGGGGAAGCUACUGCUGCCGGUGGCGUGGCGAUGCUUGGGGGCGGCGAGGGGAAGCUGGACCGGGCGGCUGCUUCCGCAACGGCAUCCUUGGCGCUGUCGGCAUCGCAAGAGGUCGUUUCGGGCGUCCUCGGCCCCGGGCGUGUGGCCAGCGUGGCUGGCUCUGCCUUGGGAGCCUUUGCCGCUUCCAGCGGUUCGUGCCAGGAGCGUCUCGCGAAAGCAGCACAGGCCACAGGAAAAGGGGCAGUCGUGCAGGCUGCCGGAAGCGCUACUGGGGUGGGGAGCCUGGUGGGAGUCUCUGGCAAUGUGGGCGUCACAGAAACGUUUGAGCGUGUGGAGGCGGCCGGUGACUACUCCAUGGACACGGAGAAAGUGUGGGGCUUUGCAGGCACCGUGGAUGUUGCCGGUGUCAACGUCAGCCAUGUCCUUGGCUUCGGAAGCCUGGAUUCCGGCAUCAUCACAGGUGUUCACGUCAAAGGGGGCGAGUCGGCCACGGGCAACUUCAUUAUCUCCGCCGAGCAGGAAUGGAAGAGAACCACCCAUGCUGCGGGGAUUGCUUUGAUGGGUUUGAAGUUGGAGGCCCGGGCGGCAUGA